UUUGCAAAUUUACCGAGUGUGGUAUCACUACUAAGGGAUCUGAAACUCAGCCUGGAACCGAACAUAUUCAUCAGCCCUGAAGCAGGAUAUCUCUCUGGGACUGUGUGAGAGCACUGCCUGACCCAGCCAUGCUGACUGCUCCCCAUGGACUGUUGAUGGUGGCAGCAGUGGUGGAAUUUCUCAUUGGCUUGGUUGGAAAUGGAGUCCUUAUAGUCUGGAGUUUUGGAGAGUGGAUCAGAAAAUCCAAGGGGUCCUUAUACAACCUCAUUGUGCUGGGCCUGGCUCUCAGCCGAUUUCUCCUGCAGUGGCUGAUCAUGGUGGACUUAAGCCUGUCUGCUUUCCAGAGCAGCCGUUGGCUUCGCUAUUUCAGUGUUUUCUGGGCCCUUGUAAGCCAGGCUAGCCUGUGGUUUGCCAGUUUCCUCAGUGGCUACAUGAAGAUCAUGAACUUUGACUCUGUGUACUUGUGGCUAAAGCAGAGGGCUUGGAGCCUGAGUUUCUGGGCCUUCUGGGGGUACUCUGUGAUCAAUUUUUUCCUUAUAAUCCAUUUUAGACUGACAGUUUCCCUAGGAAACAGCAGUAUCCUAUACCACUUUUCAAGCUGGCAUUAUUUGUAUGUACAAGAUUCAGGAAAUUGGUUGCCUUGCACGUUGUUUCUUGUUUUCUCUGGAAUACUGGUUGUCUCUUUGUAUAGCCACCACAGGAAGAUGAGGGUCCAUAUAGCUGGUAGGUUGGAUGCUCAAGCCAAGGCUCACAUCACUGCUGUGAAGUACUUGGGCUGCUUCCUAAUACUUUACAUAGUUUAUGUCCUUGCCAGCCCUUUCUCCAUCUACUCCAAGUCUUCUCCCCGUAAUCUCAACACUGUGUUGGUCUCUGAGACCAUAAUGGCUGCCUAUCCUUCCCUUUAUUCUGUCAUAUUGAUCAUGGGGAAUCCCAGAGUGAAAUGAACUUGUCAGAAAAUCCUUCAGAAGGUAGUGUGUGCUUGCAGAGCCUCAGACCUAUGA